GAGCGCAGAAAUACAUAAUAAAGAAAGGAAGAAAGUCUGCCCAUUUUCGUCACAGACGACGACGACGACGACGACGGAGGAGAGAAAGAACACUCAGGCAGAGAGAGAGAGAGCAGCCACCGCUCUCGUGAUUCUCACCGCCGAUCUCAUCUUCUUCCUCGAGCUGAUAAUCUCUCGGUACCUGCACUCCUCCCUAAGGGUAAUGUCAGAAAAGGCUCUGAGAGAUCACAACACGCUACCUGGAUCUGACAGAAAACCUGAAAGUACAAAUAAAGGAACUCUUAUGAACAAUUGCACCGAGAAUGUGACUGAAAACCUUGAGGAACGUCAGAGAAUAAAUUCUGCCUCUUUGGUUUCUACUCCUGCAAAUGGAAAUGCGCCAAUCAAUUGUGGUGGAGAGGUUGGGACUUCAGAAAUUGAAUAUAUUGAUUCUGAGAAGUUGACUGAUGUGGAAGAUGUUGAUAUAGCCCUCAAGACACUCUUGGCUGGACUAGAUUCUAAAGAUUGGCUACUGGUAUGUGAUACUCUGAAUAAUGCUCGACGAUUAGCAUUGUUUCACAAGGAAGUCAUGCUUGAUGUAGUGGGAGACGUCAUCGCUUUUUUGGUGAAAUCCCUGAAGAAUCCAAGAAGUGCAGUUUGUAAAACUGGAAUCAUGACAUCAACAGACAUCUUCCAUGCUUAUAAUGAUCAGUUGAUUGAUUUUUUGGACCCUCUGCUGGUACAGCUUCUUCUCAAGUCUUCCCAAGAUAAAAAAUUUGUAUGUGAGGCAGCCGAGAAAGCUUUAGUAGCAAUGACCUCCUCGGUGUCUCCAACAUUGCUUUUACCUAAGUUGCAACCACAUCUUAAACACAGGAAUCCUCGAAUUCGAGCAAAGGCAUCAGUGUGCUUUUGCAGAAGUGUUCUGCGACUGGGGAUUGAAGGAAUAAAAACAUAUGGAAUCGAUAAGUUGAUUCAAACAGCAGCCUCCCAGCUCAGUGACCAACUUCCCGAAUCUAGAGAGGCUGCCCGCACCCUCCUCUUGGAACUGCAGACUGUGUACGAGAAAUCUCAUGACCCUGCUCCAUCUUCGUCCGACCCCCCUGAAACAAGCUCUUGGGAGAACUUCUGCCAAUUAAAUCUGUCUCCUCUAAACGCACAGGCUGUGCUUCGUGUGACCAAUGCUGCUCGUGAGGGAUUCGUCUUGGGUUCGUGACACAAGCCUUCCAUAAAAUGCAUGUACAAUCAUCACCGACCUUUUCUCUCCCUUUUUACUAUCUUAUAUGAGCAUUUAGCAAUUGAAUUCUCUCUCAAGAAAAAUGAGUCAUUCUUUUCGUCCGCCAUUAUUGUAGAUCUUUCAAAACAUCAAGAUGAUUUUAAUCGCUGCUGAGGUAUUCCAUUGGUUAGCUUCCUGUAAUAUUCUUAGCUUGUAUGAUCUGUUUCACUUUCGUGGGUGUAUUGGUACCUUCCGCCUUUUUUGCCAUAUCUAGUGCGAUAAUAUCUUUUCACUAGUUAUUCGAUUUAUGAGAA